AGUAGCCGGCACGUAACUUGGCAAGAGUCGUUAGAUGCGCAGAAGGCAUAUUUUAGGUCCUUUCGGGACGCAAGCGGGACGCGGGGAGUGAGACGGCGCCGAGCGGACCACGCGAUUGGUGCGUCAGUCGACCCUUGCCCCGCGCAUUGCGUCCACGUCCCGUUUGCUCCCAAAUACACUUGCGUGCAUAAAAGUUGAACCAAUUACUGUUAUUGUUUUUAAUUUAGUUUUUGUUAUAUCUUGUUGUGUUUAAUUUCGUUUUUGUUGUUGUUGUUUUUAAUUUCGUUUUUGUUGUUGUUGUUUUUGAUUUAGUCUUUGUUGUUUUAAAUUUCGAUUUUCGGACUAUUACAAUGCCGAGACCAAAAGUUAUGUUGCGCAGACACGCCAGGAAAAUGGUCUUUGAUGUCUAUUCUUAUAUGGCAAAAGACGGUCUUACUGAAAAAGAGACGGUGAAACGGACUUCAGAAGCCACUAAAACAUCAGAAAGAACAGUUAGACGCAUAGUCCAGGAAUCAAGAAAUUCUGAAUUCUUGACUGCCUUUAGGACACCGGGAAAAAAGAGGAAUAAAACAAAGCCAGUCACAGAGAUCGACACUUUCGACCAGUCGGUUAUUAGGACCUGUGUUCACAAUUUUCAUGUAACAAAUAAAGAGCUACCAACAACUGAAAAAUUAAGAAAAAAACUAAAAGAAGAUAUAAAUUUUAAUGGUUCGGAGCGCAGUUUGCGCAGGAUUUUGAAUAAUUUAGGUUUCCGGUGGAAAAAAGCCGAAAAUAAUAGGCGACUUUUGUUAGAAAAAAGUAAUAUCAGGUUGCUCAGAAUAGAAUACCUUACGACUCUAAUGAAAUAUAGAGAAGAAGGUAGACCUAUUGUUUACACAGAUGAGUCGUAUGUUGAUUCGUCUCAUUCAGGUUCUAAAGCAUGGUCUGAUGGAUCUCUGAAGGGGCUCAAAAAGCCAAUUUCGAAAGGGCAGCGUGUAGUUAUAGUGCACGCUGGAUCUGAAGCUGGAUUCGUCCCCAAUGCACUACUCCUAUUUAAGGCUGGAGCAAAGUCGGGAGAUUAUCAUGACAACAUGAAUUUUGAUAAUUAUACUAAGUGGCUUCGCAACCAGCUGAUACCAAACCUGCCACCAAAUUCCGUGUUAGUUGUCGACAAUGCUUCGUACCACAAUAAGCAGUAUGAUCCGGCACCUACAUCGAAUGCCAAGAAAGCCGACAUGCAAAGGUGGUUGUCGGAAAAGGGUAUAGCUUUCGAAGACUCUAUGCUCAAACCCCAGUUAUAUAAAUUAAUAAAAUUAUAUAAAAACCAACAUAAAAGAUUCAGUAUUGACCAAAUACUGGCAGAACACAACCAUAGUGUUCUGCGAUUGCCGCCCUAUCACCCAGACCUUAAUCCAAUAGAAAUGGCAUGGGCGGCAAUCAAAGGCUAUGUAGCCAGCUAAAAUAUAAAUUGGAAUGUGUCCCAUGUAAUGGACCUAGUAAAAGAAAAGGUGCAACAGAUGGGUACCGAUGAAUGGUCGAAAUUAUGCGGAAAAGUGAAAAACAUAGAAGCAGAUUACAUCAAAAGUGACCACAUAGUCGACACCGUCACAGAAAACUUUAUUAUUUACGCCAGUGACGACAGCGACUCCUCCAGCGAUGAGAGCGAUGAUGAAGAACCACGUCCUUCUACCAGCUCAGGUGGUAAUUUCAAUUUGAUGCAAGGGAUAGGGUUUCUAAGUGAUAGUGACGUGAGCGAUUAACAAUAUUUUUUAAUAAAUAAUACUUUUAAUUACAUAUAUGAAUUUUAUUUCUAGAACCUAUUAAACAUCCCGAAUUCUGUUUCUUAAAUAGACAUAAUUAAAAAUACAUUAUGGCAAUUACCAAAGAAUAAUGAAAAAAAAGGUGCUACUUUUUUUUGCCACUAAGUGUACGAUGCGCGAACUUACCCCCACUAUG